AUGGCCCCUCCUGAAGUCCACCACCUCUUCCACGCCCCCAUCGCCGACCACUCCUUCUCCGCCGACCGUCAAACCCUCGCCGUUGCCCGCGACAGCAACGUCGAGCUGUACGCGAAAUCAGGCAACAAGCUCGUGCUGCAGGAUGAGCUGAAGGGGCACGACAAGACCGUCACGGGCGUGGAUAUCGCGCCGGGGAGUGGGAGGAUUGUCACGUGUUCGCAGGACCGCAACGCCUACGUCUGGGAGCCCACGGGCCCCUCCAACGCCUGGAAGCCGACCCUCGUGCUCCUCCGCAUCAACCGCGCCGCGACCUCCGUGCGCUGGUCGCCCUCGGAAACGAAAUUCGCCGUCGGCUCCGGCGCCCGCACCAUCGCCGUCUGCUACUUCGAGUCCGAGAACGACUGGUGGGUCUCCAAGCACCUGAAGAAGCCGAUUCGGUCCACGGUCACGAGUGUGGCCUGGCAUCCGAACUCCGUGCUGCUGGGCGCGGGGAGCACGGACGGGCAUGCGCGCGUGUUUUCGGGGUUCGUCAAGGGGGUCGAUGAGAGGCCUGGGCCGAGCGUUUGGGGGGAGAAGCUGCCGUUCAAUACGGUGUGUGGGGAGUAUCUGAACAACACGGCGGGAUGGGUUCAUGACGUCGCGUUUUCGCCGUCGGGCGAUGCGCUGGCGUUCGCGAGCCAUGACAGCAGCGUCACGGUCGUGUAUCCGGCCGGUCCCGAUCAGGCGCCCAGGGCUGUGGUCAGCGUGAGCACGCAGCUGCUGCCGUUUGUGAGUCUGAUCUGGAGCAGCGAGAGCGAGAUCAUUGCCGCAGGAUACGACUGCGAGGCGUACCGCCUCCAGGGCAGCGAGCAGGGAUGGGCAAUCGCGGGCUCGAUCGAGUCGGCCGGCCGGCCUGGGCUGAAGGAUCAGAGGGAGGAGAGCGCGCUCAACAUGUUCAGGCAGAUGGACCUGAAGGGCAAGUCCAGGGAUGACACGCAGCUCAAGACCGUGCAUCAGAACACCAUCAGCACUGUGCGGAGCUAUGCGGAGGGCGGGGACGGGGUGAGGCAGUUCAGCAGUAACGGUGUUGAUGGGAGAGUCGUCGUCUGGACGCUGUGA